UUGUGAGUUGAGGCUGCGCUCCCGUAAUGAAGCUUCGAGAAUCGCCGUUGUUUGUACCGGUUGUGUAAGCCGGCGGACUUUGGGCUGUAGUCGGCUUUGGGGCCGCCAUCUCCGUCCCUGACCACGGCCGGGUUGCGCCAUGGCGACCUCAAGUGCAGUUAACCUUCUCCUGCGGGCCGCGGUCGCCUCCUGCCACCGGCUUCCCUCCACUUUCCGCGGCGUUGCCAGACUAGGUAGUCCGGGCCGGUUCUUCCAUGCUUCAGCCCCGGCUCGGCUCAGCUCAGAAGAUAAAAUUACUGUGCACUUUAUAACUCGUGAUGGAGAUAAACUAACAGCCCAGGGAAAAGUCGGAGACUCGCUUCUAGAUGUUGUGGUCAAUAACAAUCUAGACAUAGAUGGAUUUGGUGCAUGUGAAGGAACACUUGCUUGCUCUACGUGUCACUUAAUCUUUGAAGAGGACGUAUUUAAAAAACUAGAUGCAAUUACUGAUGAGGAGUUGGAUAUGCUGGACCUUGCCUAUGGAUUGACAGAAACGUCUCGACUGGGCUGCCAGAUCUGCUUGCAGAGAUCUCUGAACAAUAUGGUCGUCCGAGUGCCAGAAUCCAGUGCCGAUGUCAGGCAAUCCGUAGACAUUGGCAAGAACCCUUAACAACGUAGGAUGUCUGUUUGCAAAACCGAACUAUUUUUAUAACUUAUUUCUGUAUGUUUAAUGAUAAGUAAAAACAUGCACAAAUAUGCUGUAACGUCAAGACUGUCAGUACAAGAUGGUCAUGUUUAAUUCUCUUUAUCAAAGUCAGCCGUACGUUCUUGUGAUUCUGAAAUAAGCGAAUACUUAGAAAUGAACUGUGGAACGUUACACACAAUGCAGCGGUUUUUCUCGUAGAGGAAUACUUUUUUUACUGCUGAAGCAGUGAAUCUUUUUUUUUUAAUAGUUUUGUUUUUAAGUUCUAGAGGCUACAAAUUCGGUGUCGGUAUACUUUGUGUUGAGUUUGAGAGGAUGAAAGUCUUCUUUCUAAAAUGUAAGUGUAGUUUCAACAAAGCACUGAAAGGUGGUGUAACCCCGCGUGAAUCUCAUCCCUUAGCCGGAGCCAGUUUCAUAGUACUGUUUGCAAUACUGAUGAGCUCCGCCAGAGUCACAUGAGAUUUGAGGGUUUGGAGUCAUUCCUAUAAUGCCGUGGAAUGACUCCCUUCUACAGUUUACUAUUUCAAGAGUGUGGCCUUGGUUUGAUGCUGAAAACAUAUAUGUCCAUGGCCUCAGUAUGUGGUUCUCUCUCAGCUGAUGUUUUGGUUGGGCAGUCACCACUAUGUAAGAAUACAAGCACGCCUUCCCACAAAUCAGGUUGUCUAAAAUGGAAGCCCUUUGAAAAGUGACCGUUCUGCGCGUAACCGUAUCAAGCGCUGAGUGCCCUUGCGAUCUGUUGCACGUGGGUGUACGUCGCCGUGUGCUGUGUUACAGCCAAAGGUAAACAUUUUUAUUUCCAGCUGUCACAAAGAACAAUAAUGAAGCCACACACCUAAUUUGAAAUGACUUUGCACAUUUUGUAAAAGCGCACAUCAAUUUGGACUUCUUUAAAAAAAACAAAUGCUUUGCUACAUGCAGCUGUUGCCUUAUUCCCAUUUCCCAAAUGCAGCCAGUUGCUGUGUUUGCCUUGGGUAUGCCUUCUGACUUUGAAUCUCCACCAUCUGUAUGAUGGGAAACAAGCCUGGGAUUGUUAAAAUAUUACAUACAGACACAUGUUAAUUAGUCGUCGUCCCCCCACUCCAUCAGGGCUCUUUUUGUAGCAG